AUGUCUUCAAAUAAUCCGUUUGCUUCUGCAAUGAACGAUUCAGACUCGUACGUUCACCACCGUGAACCUCCUCCACCACCGGGGAACAGCAACGGCUCAACCACAAAUAGAUCUCGCACGCAGACCCCACCAUCUCGCCCUCCUAAGGUUGCACCACCUUCUUACGAGGAGGCUGCGGGCCCAGAAGUGUCCAGAAGUGAAUACCCAAGGGAGAAAGGCUCAGGUGUAAGAGUGAGUACCAGCAGCAGAGAAAGCAGCAACAACAACAAUAACACUACUUCCAAUGGAACGCAUACCAGCAAUCGCCUGGGCAAUAGGGAACAUAGCAGCAGGGAGCAUGGUUCCAGAGACGAAAGGCCGCGUCGAACUCGUAGUGCGAACGAACAUGUUUCUUCCCGCCAUCACUCCUCAUCCCAUAGGCUGUCUGGCGAUAGAGAGAAGGAUAAGGAAAGAGAAAGGGAAAGAAGACGCAGAAAAUCGCCUAGUAAGAAAACCCCACAACCAGUUAAGUCCAAGAAUUUGGAUACCAUUGAUAAAUUGGACGUCACCGCAUUCUUUGGUGGAGGUUUCCACCAUGAUGGCCCAUUUGAUGCCUGUACUCCACAUCGUAAUAAGAACGUGAAGGCAGCACCGGUAAUGGCGUUCCCUGCUGACGGGCCAAACAACUCGAUUAAGGGCACUGCUAACAAGGAUAAGCAUCUGCAUAUUGAUUUAGCGUUUGGAAAUUCUGACCUUGAUCAAAAUGAAAUUGUUGGAAGAAGUGCAAGCCGUUCGAAGGGUAGAAGUUCGGUAUCGGGCGCAGGAGGCGCAAGAAGUGGGUCUACUUCCAAUGGAGGAGCUGCUUCUACGGGAGAAAAUGGAGAAAACCCUGCAUUCAAAAUUGAUGACCCAACUUCAUCGUUAUAUAUUCCCAAGCAGAACCCUUCGGUUAUUAAUUUCGAUGCCAAUCAGGUGGCUGUACCAGUCCAUGGAGAGUUCACUCCAGGAUUGGGGACUUCUACAUUCCUAGACGGGGCACCUGCACCAAAGGCAGUUGUUCACGAUGAAUAUUUGAAUCCACCUAAUGCGUUAGGUGGGGGACUAGGUAGAAAGAAGUCUCUUGCUCAAAGAUUAAGGAAAAACAGUGGCAGUGAAAAUACUUCAAGAAGAGCGUCCAACGAUAAUCAAAUUGAACAUACAUAUCUGGAUGAUCCUAUUGAACCAUCAGGAAAUUCAUUAUUGAGAAGAGUGAAGAGUUUGAAAGUUGGAAGAAAGUAG